ACGAGGUCAGAGGGGUGUGGGGGCUUCAAGAGGGUAUGAGGAUGUGGCAAUUUUUUUUUUAAAACUCACUGCAGAGGAUAAAGAGUUUAUUGAAAAAGAGGUGGGGUCUAUUGAUAGAUGUCAGGCAACUCAUGAGAACGUUUCUGGCACAGAAUACACCUCUCCUGUUUCAGUGGCAGAGCUGGUUAGAUUUACAACUUAGAGCUGGUUGUUAUUAAAAAAAAAAAAAAAAAAAAAAAUGCCAGAGGAGGAGAAACGAGAGAAAUUAGCCAAAAUCAUCCAACAGUGGAACAACAACAGACUGGACCUGUUUGAAAUUACCCAACCUGAUGAGAAGCUUGAGUUUCACGGCGUGAUGCGCUUCUACCUGGAGGAUCAUGUUGGAGACAACGUGGCCACAAAGUGCCUGCGCGUUUGCAGCAACUCUGCAACUCGCGAGGUCAUCGAAACUCUUUCCGAGAAAUUCAGGCCUGAUAUGAAAAUGCUGACUACUAGUUAUUCUCUGUUUGAGAUCCAUAAAAGUAAAGAACGCAAAUUAGAUCUGGAUGAGAGGCCUUUAGUCGUACAAUUAAACUGGAGCUCAGACAACAGAGAAGGACGUUUUGUGCUCAAGAAGGACAAGGACAGUUCGCAGAAAAACAGUCAAGAGAAAGGAGGUGUGAUCCAAAACUUUAAGAGGACGCUAUCAAGAAAAGGAAAGAAAGAGAAGAACAACACUAAUGCAGCUGACAAGGUUUCAGAGGAAGAGAACAGGUCAAAUGACAACCCACUGAACAACAACAGCAUUUAUUUGUCUCAUUUUGAAACGCGUAAAAGACAACAGAUGCCAACUGCUGCAGUUGUGAGUAUAAAACUCAAACACAAAUUGCUUCCACAACUGUAUUUCCUUUACGUUAGUGCCUCUCCAUCUCCCUCUCACAAUGUCCUCCUGCCCCCUGCUGGCGUCUUUUACAUUUCAGCCGAGGAUCCCUUCCUGUCCGCAGUCAUAAAUUACACCAACAGCUCCACAGUCCAUUUCAAGCUCUCACCUGCAUACGUCCUUUACGCCGCGGGCCGGUUUGCCCUGCGACACCAUUACGGCCGAGGCUCUCAACCCUCGGGAGACGCACACAGAGUAGCCUCAAUCACAAACAAAAUGGUGGCCAUGACAGGGACGGUCAUCGAGAGGCAGAAGACCAUCGCUGGAGCUCUCGCCUUCUGGAUGUCCAACUCCUCCGAGCUGCUAAACUUCCUGAAGAAUGACAGAGACCUCAGCCCACUCACGCAGCAGAGUCAGCUGAACCUGUCUCACCUGGUGCACAGAGCCUACAGCUACCUGCUACAGUGUCUACAGAACGAGUUAAAGAAACAUCUGCCAACUUUUCUGAUUGAUCCUGAGCAACAUGGUGCGUUGCCAGCUGGUAUAGAGAUGGUGCUCAACACCUUGAUGAACGCCAUGUCUCUGUUGCGCCGCUGUCGGGUUAACCCUGCCCUCACCAUCCAGCUCUUCUCCCAGCUCUUCCAUUUCAUCAGCACCUGGCUCUUCAACAAGCUCAUGAGCCCGGAGGCCGGCGCUCCAGGCCUGCGCUCACACUACUGGGGAGCUUCUUUCCGCCAGAGGCUCACCGCCAUCGAAGCCUGGGCGGAGAGGCAGGGCCUGGAGCUGGCUGCCGACUGUCACCUCGGACACAUCAUCCAGGCAACCACCCUCCUGAAAAUGAAAAAGUACUCAAUGCAAGACGCGAAGGACAUCCAGAGUACCUGUUUCAAGCUGAACUCGCUGCAGCUGCAGACGCUGCUAGCCGGCUACCUCUAUGCAACCAAUGAGCCUCACAUCCCCCCUGACUUGAUCGAUGCCGUAGUGACGGCCGCCUCGGCCUCAGCAGAUAACCUGAUUCGGAGUGAAGGACGGGACGUCCAGCUGGAGGAGAGCCUCGACCUCCACUUGCCUUUCCUGCUGCCGGAGGGAGGAUACUCCUGUGACACCGUGAAAGGAAUCCCUGCAGGGUUCAGAGAGUUUCUGGAGCCAAUUUGCCAGAAAGGUCUCUGCUCUUUGACAUCUCAACCUAACCCUAAGGGCGACUGGACCGUGUUCUUCAGUGAAUCUAUUGCUGCUGAGGAGAGGACGUACCUGGCAGCGCACAGACAACCAGAGAUUGAGACGAUCAUACUGAACAAACCCUUGAACAGUGGGAUGGGGAUCAGCAUUGUGGCAGCCAAGGGAGCAGGCCAGGGAAACCUCGGCAUCUACAUUAAAUCUAUCGUCAGAGGAGGACCGGCUGAGAUGAAUGGAAGAUUAACGGCUGGGGAUCAGCUGAUCAGUGUGGACGGUCAAAGCCUGGUUGGAUUCGGCCAAGAAAGGGCAGCAGCUAUCAUGAUGCAAACCGGCCCCAUUGUGACCUUAGAGGUUGCGAAGUUUGGAGCGAGCUACCACGGCCUGGGAGCUCUGCUGAGCGAACAAGACAGAACUACAGGUGAUAGAGGAGAUGCUAAGUCCAGCAGUGAAGCAAACCGGCUGUACAGUCACGGAUGCAGCAAAAGAAAAAAAGACCAGAUAAUGCAGAGAAACAGACAACUGUAUCGCUCCAACCCCAACGUGACCACAGACUUUCGCCUGGAGGAAGGGGAUGAACCCGGUGACCCCGCCGUGAGAGGAAACAACAUCGUUUCUGUCUCCAGCGCCAAUCUCUGCGCCGAUUCAUUUCACAGGCAAUGCCUGACACUUCCCAACCCUAAAUCCCAGGAUAAGAAGGCAGCUGAACCAGGUCGACCUCAGCAAACAUUCAAAGCGUCUUGGAGACCUUUAGAUGCUCAGAGCUCCAGUAAGAGGACCUACAUGGUAUGUCCUGACGUAACUUUCAUCAUCAUUUGUUGCAUUUACUUGCACUUGUCGGUAAAUGCUGUAAAAAUCUCCAUAAUCUUUCCCAAGCGCCAAGCCCUCUCACAGGAGAACUUGUGUGUGGACAGUGGAGGCCCCCUGCUGGACGAAAAGCAGAACACGUGGGCCCUCACGGACCAGGGUGCGAGGCAAACAGCGAGCCACUACUCGUCUUUCCCAAUCCGCUCGAGCGUUUCCAGUCACGACAUCCUCUCUGACGAGCAGCGGGGGGGCAGCCGGACAAGCGGCGCCGGUGUGUGGAGAACCCCUUUCUCGCAGCUUUCAGCGUCCACACCCUCCAUCCAGCCAAUACGCAUCGACAUCCCCAUAACCAGAGCCGUGAACUCGCACUCAAACCCUCCACUCACCACCUUCCGGCAGAGCUCGUCCGUGCUGGCGGCGAGGAAGUGCCAAACUCUUAAAGUCGGCGGACACAAGCCUCAAAGCCACAUUUAUGUGUGUCCCAUUGCUGCGACAAAGAAGAAAUCGCUCCUGCAGCCGCAGCAGCAGCAGCAGCAAAGAUGCAGCGCGCGGAGAGAUCAAGCAGUGAAACCCCAAGUGAGCAUCACUCCAACCAAACACGUUUCCUUCCAAGAACCUCCCCCUCAGCAGGCGAGGAGCCCCGAGAGGCCGAGGGAGCCCCGCCAGCUGCCCGACCCGUGGAGGAGGGAGGCCCAGGAGAAGCUGGAGAAGCAGCGGCGGCUCCGGGUGGUGGAGCUCCUGGGGCGGGAGGUGCGAGAGCUCCAGGCCAGAGCGGAGCGCACGGCGGAGGAGAGCGAGCGGCUACGCAAGCUCAGCCUGGAGUGGCAGUUUCAGAGGAGGCUGCAGGAGAUUCAGCAGAGAGGAGAAGACGAGGAGGAAGAUGAGGACUUGGACAUGAUGGUGACGUUGCAGCAGCUGGAGGCGAGAGCGCAGAACAAGAGCAGCUCUGUUGGAAAUGACAACAAGGAGCAGAAAGAGGUAGAGAAGGCGACAAGAACUCAUCUCCCUGAAAAGGAGCAUGAGGCAAAGACAGCUGGAAGACGGAGCGGGCUGAGUCACGACGGUCACAACGUGGCAUCGGAACAGAACCAGCGAGAGAAAACGAGGAGGCUGUCGGCUCCUGAGAAGCUCACUUUCAAGGAGCGUCAGCGUCUCUUUUCCCUGGCGUCCAGUGCAUGAACGAAGCUCAAAGCGUCAAAAAGAAAAAAAAGGAAAUGUUAUAACUUGCCAACACUGUUAUACAAAAUGUACAGCACUACGUUAAUGGCAGUGUGUAUGAAACUGCUGUAGAAUUGUUAGUUAAACAGGUGAUGCUGUGGUAAUUUCACUUCGGCUUAUUAUUUUUGUCGUCCAGGACAAACAUGUUUUUUUGUGUUUAAACUUCUUGUAUUUUCCUUCUCACGAAUAAUAAAAUAUUUUCCUAGCCGAGGCA